AUGGCCGGAGUGUUCAGAUCACAAAACAGCAAUGCUGGAACUUCUGAUGAAGUAUCUAAGGAAAAUAUCCAUCCCAAAGUGACCAGAGCAAAUGCCAAGAGACAUGCUUUGGGAAAUGUUACCAACCAGUUGAGGAUACAGCCACAAAGACUGGUAAAAGGAAAGCAACACGGUUUGGCUCAGCAAGGAUUUAGAAUUGCAGAAGGACAGGAAAAUCAAGCUCCUGCCGUUGCAAAAGGAUUUGGAUCAGCUUUUGGAGGUUUUGCCAUCUUUGAGGAUGUAGCAGCGCCAGCUCUUGCCCAGAGACAAGCAUCGUGUGAAGAUGAACCAAUGAUGGAUACUGAGAAUCUGUUUCCUGAUGCACCAGAGAGCUUCAGUCAUGUUGCACAGUACUUAGUACAUCCUCUGGAGUUAAACAAGCCUUCAGCAUCUGUAACUGCAUCUCCGAUGUUUGUUGAUGAUAGCUUCAGCAGGAGUCUUGAUAGCAGCCCAAUGAAGAAUGAUGAGUUUGGUCUGGAGCCUUACUUCCAGGAUAUCUACAGCUACAUGAGGAGAGUGGAAUGUGCAUAUUGGCCAGAUAAGAGUUACAUGUCCCGUCAGUGUGACGUGACCACAUCCAUGAGAAAUAUUCUUGUUGACUGGCUAGUAGAGGUUGGAGAGGAAUAUAAGCUUCAGAGAGAGACGUUGUUUCUGGCAGUGAACUACAUUGAUCGCUUCCUCAGUGUGGUUGGUGUGUUUAGACCUAAACUGCAACUUGUUGGAGCAGCAAGCAUGUUCAUUGCUGCGAAAUAUGAAGAGAUCUACCCACCUGAUGUUGCUGAAUUUGUUUACAUCACCGACGACUCUUACAAUAAACAGCAGAUUUUAAAGAUGGAGACAGUGAUCCUGAGAAUGCUUGGAUUCAAGGUUGCUGUGCCGACUAUCAACUGGUUCUGUGAACGAUUUAUUGAAAUGAUAGACAUGCCUGACAAAGCCAGAUGCCUUGCUUUUUUCCUGAUAGAGUUGUCACUGAUUGAGAUUGAAGAGUUCCUAGCGUACCGCCAGAGCAUCAUCGCAGCCAGUGCAAUUGUUAUAGCUCGCAGUGUUCUUGAUGUGCAAAACCCAUGGCCCCAUCAUAUGGAGCAGGUCAGUGGUUACUCACUGGCUGAAUUGAAGCCAUGCAUAGAGCUGCUGUUUUCUCAGUACAGGCGGAAAGAUGUGAUGCCCCAACAAGCAGUUAUUGAGAAAUACAAACAGAGCAAGUUUGCCAAGGUGUCGUUACUGCCAGCUCCACGUGCCCUGGCAAUCUUGUAG